CUUCGCCGGGCGCCUCGGUCACGCGCCGGACAGUGGUAUGCGGUGAAGCUGCUUCCGGUCCCGCAGCCCGAGUGACAGGGAUGCGAAAGCGGAGCACCCUCCAAACCGCGGAGCAGGACACCGACACCGGCUCUCUGCUGGACAGCGACCCGGACCUGAAGCAGCGUCCCGGCAGAGGAGGAGGAGGAGGAGGAGGAGGAACAGCAGCAGCAGCAGCAGCAGCAGCAGCAGGCGGCCGCCAGGGCCCGGAGGUGGAGAGGAGCAUGGGGACGCCGUUUAGGAGGUUGGGUGUGAUGGGGAAGAUGAAGAGGAUGUUGUUGUGGUUCUUGGUCGUUUACGUCUCCGUCCCCAUCGUCAUCAAACUGUGUCCGUCCAUCCAGGCCAAACUGGUCUUCCUCAACUUUGUGAGAGUGCCGUACUUCAUUGACCUGAAACGACCUUUUGACCUGGGACUGAACCACACACACAACUAUUACCUGGAGCCUGAAGAAGGAACCAGGAUCGGAGUGUGGCACACGGUCCCUGCUCACAUGUGGAGAGACGCUCAGGACAAAGAUGGCGACUGGUACGACGGCACGUUCAGCUCCGCCCACCCUGUCAUUCUCUAUCUCCAUGGAAACUCGGGGACCAGAGGAGGAGACCACAGAGUGCAGCUGUACAAGGUCCUCAGUUCAUUAGGCUACCAUGUAGUGACGUUUGAUUACAGAGGUUGGGGUGAUUCCGAUGGUUCUCCAGCAGAGGGCGACAUGACGUCAGACGCUCUCUUCAUGUACGAUCGACUCAAACUGCGGCUGAAAAAAACACCGCUCUAUGUGUGGGGACACUCACUGGGGACAGGAGUCGCCACAAACCUGGUCAGACGACUGUGUGACAGAGGAAAUCCUCCAGACGCUUUGAUCUUAGAGUCUCCGUUCACCAACAUCAGAGAAGAAGCCAAGAGUCACCCUUUCUCUAUGGUGUACAGAUACCUGCCCGGCUUUGAUUGGUUCUUCCUCGACGCCAUCACAGCCAACAACAUCCGCUUCUCCAGCGAUGAAAACAUGAGUCACAUCUCGUGUCCGUUGCUGAUUCUUCAUGCCGAGGAUGACAGCGUCGUUCCGUUUCAUCUGGGAAAGAAGCUGUACGACAUGGCCGUCCGCUCACAGAGUCUCAGCGGUCACAAAGUUCACUUUGUUCCGUUUCACUCGUCACUGGGUUACAGACACAAGUUGAUCUACAGGAGCCCGGAGCUGCCAAAAAUCCUCAGUGAUUUCCUGGGCUCGGCUCCUCCUGUUCAGUGAGGACAAAGGACGAUUAUCUCACUCACACACAGACACUGAACAGUAGCAGUGUUUUCCUUUUUUCCUUU